UAUUGAUCAAGCCUGCACACUUGUCAAGUUAUUGAAAUCGACAACUUCAUUCUAUAAUCCCCGGUGUUCCAGUGGGUUUUCAAUACUCUUUUAAGAAAACACACAUAAAAAAUGACUGAACAAACAUUACCACCUCCUGUAAUGUGGGCCCAAAGGUCUUCUAUCAUCUUUUUAACAAUAAAUUUGGAAGAUGUAAAAGAUCCAGAAAUCAAAUUUAGCAAAGAUUCCGUAUACUUCAAAGGAACAGGGGGUGUAGAAAAGAAAAAUUAUGAAGUCACCAUUCCCCUUUAUAAAGAAAUAGACCCUGAACAGAGUAAGAGCUUCAAUAAGGGAAGAUGUAUUGAAAUAAUCUUAACAAAAGCAAAUACAGAUGGACCAUAUUGGCCUACACUUACAUCAGACAAAAAGAAACAUCAUUGGUUGAAGUGCGACUUUAAUAAAUGGUAUGAUGAAGAUGAGUCCGGUGAUGAAGGUGUAGGUGGGAUGGGUAGUGGAGACUUUGAAGAAAUGAUGAGGAAAAUGGGUGGCUUGGGUGAUGCAGGUGAUAAACCAAAUUUUGAUGAUAUGGAAGGUGAUGAUGGACCAGAUUCGGAUGAUGAACCCAUCCCUGACCUCGAAUAGUUUGAUAAGUUCUAUCAAUAUUUUUUUUAUUUGGAAUUUUUGUACGUUAAGUUAUAUUGAAAUAACACAGACAUGAUCCAGUUUCUUUUUCAUUACAAUAUUCGGUUAUUUACUUACCAAUGAAUUUGUAGCAUCUGUUUAUAUGUGUUUUCAAAAUAAUAGGAGUAUAAGUAACUUAGUGUGCAUAUGUUAAGAUUUUUAAUGAUAAUAAAAAAAUUAUUGAACACAAA